AUGGUCUUCUCACUUCGCAAAGCCUUCGCGGCGCUCCUCGCCUCCACGGUGACCGUCUACGCCCAGUCGUCCUCCAACACGACCCCCUGUAACAACUCGCCCGUGCUCUGCAACCGCAAGUACAACAACAUCACAUAUAUGGGCGCUCACGAUAGCGCCUUCCUCCGCGACGCCAGCACCCAGAACUCCAUCGCCGGCAACCAGUUUUUCGACGCCACAGUCGCCCUCAACUCGGGUCUUCGCCUGCUCCAAGCCCAGGUCCACGUCGUCAACGGUUCCUCGGGCAGCGCCCUCCAGCUGUGCCACACCACCUGCAGCCUACUCGACGCCGGCACCCUCGAGAAGUGGCUCUCCUCCAUCAAGAACUGGAUGGACAACCACACCAAUGACGUCGUCACCAUCCUCCUCGUCAACUCGGACAACCAGCCCGCCUCGGCAUAUGGCCAGGUCUUUGAGUCGUCCGGCAUCUCAAAGUACGGCUACAAGCCCUCCUCGGCCUCGGCCACCUCCAACUGGCCCACCCUGCAGAGCAUGAUCGACGCCGACACCCGCCUCGUCACCUUUGUCGCCUCCAUCACCCCCGACACCAACUACCCCUACCUCCUUCCCGAGUUCGCCUACGUCUUCGAGACCCACUACGAGGUCACUACCCCCUCGGGCUUCAACUGCACCAUCGACCGCCCCUCGACCUUCUCCGCCGCCACUGCCGCCGUCUCGGCCAACAUGCUGCCCCUGAUGAACCACUUCCAGUACCAGAUCCUUGCUGCCGACAUCCUCAUCCCGGACGUCAGUGACAUCGAAACCACCAACUCGCCCAGCACUAGCACCCCCGGUAACCUGGGUCUACACGCGCAGACGUGCAGGAGGGAGUGGGGCGUCAAGCCCGUCUUCGUUCUUGUCGACUUUUUCAACAGAGGCCCUGCCGUUGACACGGCCGACUCGCUCAACGGCCUCUCCGAGUCGGACAUUUCGGGCAGGAGCAGUAGCAAUAGCGCGACGGCGAGCUCGAGCAGCGGCAAGUCGGCCGGCCGGGCGCCGGGCAUGGAGACCGGCGCGCUCGUUGCGUUCUUCGCCGCCGCCGUUUUCUUCUUCUAA